CCACCUUCCUGCCUCAUACUCAACCAAUGAGUCCCAUGCCCAGCCCCCUCUGGAGCUUCUUUCACAAACUACCUGAGCACUAUGGCAAUAAUAAAUCCCAUUAUGCUGCCAAAUGCAAGGGAUGCAUUGCAUUGCAUGUUACUGCACUCGAAAAUGAAGACACAGAAAAAUUGAUAAGAGGGAUUAUAUCAGAGAGAUGUAGUGAGGCAGAACUUAGGAUGGCUGAAGGCCAGGAAGCAGGUAAGGCUUGGAAGCAUGCACAAGAAAAGCGGCUCUCACCCCUUCCCUCCCUAUCUAUGGAUGCCACCACUGAAUCUCCUAUGGGCCUCACCUCACCGUCUCCAACUCCAAUGCUGCUUAUCCCUCCCACUGUUAACGUUCCAACUCAUCAGCAAAGCUUCUCACAACUUCCCCCCCACCUCCCAGACCAGGAUCAGACUGCAAUUGAACAGCAACUGCUUCACGCAACUGUAUCAGCUGGAUGGUCCUUUCUCUCAGUCAAUGACCCUGAGGUCACUAAGUUGUUCUCUAUGCUGAAUCCUGGAUUUAAGCUCCCAACUCGGAAGUGUCUUUCAGGAAAGAUUUUGGAUGUUGAAUACAACUUGCACCAAGAGGGAUUAACUCAAAUGAUGGAUGGUGCAUAUGCAACUGGGCAAUGUGAUGGAUGGAAGGACACAUCCAAGAAUCAUAUCAUUGCAUUCAUGAUCUCAGCUAUGGGAACAGUGCAUGUGACACAUGUCCACAACACCUUGGGUGAACGAAAGACAGCUGAAUGGUUGCUGACCCUUAUCAAGGAGGAGAAGAAAUAUAUCAAAGAUAAACUUAAUCUGAAGCUAAUUGGCUGGGUUUCAGAUGCAUCAGGAGAGUCAAGGGCAGUGCGCAUUUGGUUGCAGGAGCAGUUCCCACAUUUAAUAGUAGCAGAUUGCUAUGCACACCAGUUCUUGGGGAUUACAUUAAAAAAAUUAACAAAUGUCAUUGAGAUUGGCUGA